GAGGACCCCCCCCGCGCGCAGGGCGAAGACUUCGCCGAGGCUGGCCCGCGGAGGUUCUGGGCCCACCUGCGGGCCAAGUACGGCACGCGCCAGUCGCACCUCGCCGGCAUGCUGCGCCAGCUGGAGCCCCGGCUGCGCGCCAGGCGGGUCGUGGCGCUCCGCUUCGAGACCGAGGCCGCGAACCCCACGGCCUCGCUGCUGGCGCGCGCCUCCGUGCCGUGCCGCGCCGCCGAGGCCGCGCGGCGGCCGCGC